AUGGUGAGUGUGGGAGUCAGCACAGAGUCUUGCCAUGCCAGGUGGGAAGUAGAGACAGAUGAAGUUGUCCUGCAGCGGCGGCAAAAGCAGAUAGAUUAUGGCAAGCGCACACCUGGUUACCAGUGCUUUCUGCAGCAGGUCCCCAAGGCACAACGACAGCCAGGAUUUCACCCUCAAACACCAAACAAGAACAGGAGGUAUAGCCGUCGCUCCUGGGAUGCCCAGAUAAGGCAGUGGAGAAGAGCCCUACAUUCCUGGGAUCCUCCCAGCCAGCCUCAGCAGGGCAGGGGGACUGAGAGGCAGGGAAUGGAGAGUCUCUUAGAGCAAAUGGAAUCCACCCCUUUGGAUGACCUCCUGGAUGACUGGCUCCAGACCCUGAAACCCUCAGAGAAUGUGGAUGGAGGGCAGAAGAGGGCCCAGGUAUUUUGCAGAUUGCUGGCUCCCGCCUCCUCCCUUCCCUGGCUCAGUGAGGAAGAUCUCCACCACUGGCUCUACUUUCUAGCUGAUGACAUUUGUUAAAGAAAAUGUCUUUCAGG